AUGAGUAAAAAAGGUGACCGAGCUUUCCCGAAGGAUUGCACAUCUGUGAACCGCCACUUUGCAAAAAGUCAAAACACCGCCGGUGGAGUAUUUUAUAUAUAUCCCGAAUCCGAAGACAAAUCUGUCGAAGUUUACUGCGAUCUUGUAACUGAUGGAGGUGGAUGGGUUGUCUUUCAAAGAAGAAUGGAUGGAAAAGAAGACUUUUACAGAGGAUGGAACGACUAUGUCAAUGGAUUCGGCGAAAUGGAUAAAGAAAUGUGGUUAGGCUUGGAAACAAUCCAUCAACUGACUAAAAACAGAAGUUACGAACUAAGAGUUGAUUUGGAAGAUUUUAAUGGGAACACUUCUUAUGCUAAAUAUGGGACGUUCUCAAUCUCAUAUGCAAGCGAUCGAUAUCGGUUAAUACUUGGAGAAUAUUCUGGAAGGGCCGGUGAUUCAUUGGCAUAUCAUAACAAUAUGCAGUUUAGUACAAAAGAUUCUGACAAUGAUCAAGCGUCCGGCAGUUGCGCGAUCACUUGGAGUGGGGCUUGGUGGUACAAUCAGUGUCACAGCUCAAAUCUGAAUGAGAUAUUAUCAAGACGGGCGAAUGAUAAGCGAUCCGUUAAUUGGCAUCCCUGGAAAUUUAAUUUCCAGUCUCUUAAGUUCAGUGAGAUGAAGUUUCGGAAAAGAGCAUAA